UUGUCCCCUCGGAAUUUCCUCCGAAAAAUAUACAUGGCGAAGCAAUAGAGGAACCAGACCAAUCGAGUCUAUAUUCAAUUUUCAGUCUCUACUAGUAAUAAUAAUACUAUAAUCCCCCCACGACGACCUUUACGAUGCCCACAAGCGAAUUGCGGUGCUCUCCGGCGCCGCCACUCCCGGCGGAGGCCGACCACGAGGAGUGGGUGUGGCCGCAGAUCAAGGCGGAGGCACGGCGUGACGCGGAGGCGGAACCGGCGCUGGCCAGUUACCUGUACUCAACGAUUCUGUCACACUCGUCGCUGGAGCGGUCACUGUCGUUCCAUCUGGCAAACAAGCUGUGCUCAUCGACACUCCUAUCCACUCUCCUCUACGACCUCUUCCUCAACACCUUCUCCACCGACCCCUCCCUCCGCUCCGCCACCGUCGCCGACCUCCGUGCCGCCCGAUUCCGCGACCCCGCCUGCGUCUCCUUCUCCCACUGCCUCCUCAAUUACAAAGGCUUCCUCGCUUGUCAGGCACACCGAGUGGCUAACAAGCUGUGGACUGAGUCCCGGAGGCCACUAGCGCUAGCACUCCAAUCCCGAAUCUCUGACGUAUUCGCAGUGGACAUGCACCCGGCAGCAAAGAUCGGAAAAGGAAUACUAUUCGAUCACGCGACCGGGGUGGUGGUGGGAGAGACAGCGGUGAUCGGAAACAACGUAUCAAUCCUCCACCACGUGACAUUGGGUGGGACUGGCAAGGUUGGAGGGGACAGGCAUCCGAAGAUCGGCGACGGGGUGUUGAUUGGCGCUGGGGCGACGAUACUGGGGAAUGUGAGGAUCGGAGAAGGGGCGAAGAUUGGGGCGGGGUCGUUGGUGUUGAUCGAUGUGCCACCGCGGACGACGGUGGUGGGGAAUCCAGCGAGGCUGGUUGGGGGGAAGGAUACACCGGCGACGCAUGAGGACGUGCCUGGGGAGUCUAUGGAUCACACCUCCUUCAUUUCCGAUUAUAUCAUUUGAUUUUGGUUUUUGAUCUUAUUUUUAUUGUGCCUUUUUAAUUUUGUGGGUUUCAUAGUCACUUUGCUAAAUGGGCCGGGUCUGUCCUGCCCCGCACAUCCCUAUUUAUAUAAUGUAUUGUUUGUUGGUUCACAAAUGAGUUUGUUUUGUGUACACACCAAACGUGUUUCGUGUGUAAAGAUCUAUGGCUUAUGAAUAAAAGAAAAAAUUAGGAUAA